CAAGUGUGCCAAGUCAUGGAGCCCAAUCAGAACAACUGGCUGCGGACUAACUGGAUAGAGAAAGGCGAUGCUCAGAGAAUAUUUGUGGAGUUGAAGUUUACCUUGAGGGAUUGUAACAGCCUGCCCGGAGUGGUGGGUUCCUGCAAGGAGACUUUCAACUUGUAUUACCAGGAAACCGAUUCGGAAGUUGGACGUAGUUUACGGGAGACGCAGUAUGUCAAAAUAGACACCAUCGCGGCUGACGAAAGCUUUACUCAGGGCGACUUGGGCGAGCGAAAGAUGAAACUGAACACGGAGGUGCGAAUCAUCGGCCCCCUGUCCCGUCGCGGAUUCUACUUGGCGUUCCAGGAUGUUGGCGCUUGCAUCGCUUUGGUUUCGGUCAAAGUCUACUACAAAAAGUGCUGGUCCAUUAUCGAGAACUUGGCGACGUUUCCGGACACGGUGACCGGGUCGGAGUUCAGUUCUCUGGUGGAGGUGGAGGGGGUGUGCGUGAACGAUGCGGAAGAGGAGGCCGACAACUCUCCCAAGAUGCACUGCAGCGCCGAGGGGGAGUGGCUGGUGCCGAUUGGGAAAUGUAUUUGCAAAGCUGGAUUUCAUCAGAAGGGCGAUGCGUGUGAACCGUGCGGACGUGGAUUCUACAAGUCUUCGUCCCAAGACCUGCAGUGCUCCAGAUGCCCCGCCCACAGUUUCAACGACCGCGAGGGCUCCUGGAGGUGUGACUGUGAGGAUGGAUACUACCGCGCGCUGUCCGACCCGCCCUCCGUGGCCUGCACCAGACCUCCAUCUGCGCCUCAGAACCUGGUCUACAACAUCAACCAGACCACGGUGAGCCUGGAGUGGGGCCCGCCGGCGGACACAGGGGGCAGAAAUGACGUCACGUACAGGGUCAUUUGCCGUCGCUGCAGCUGGGAGCCGGAAGAGUGCGUCCCCUGCGGCGCCAACGUGGGCUACUUCCCCGGUCAGUCUGGCCUGGUGGAUACGUACGUCAGCAUCACGGACCUGCUCGCACACGCCAACUACACGCUGGAGGUGGAGGCGGUCAACGGCGUGUCGGAUCUGAGCCGAACACAGAGGCUGUUUGCGGCGGUCAGCAUCGCCACCGGGCAAGCAGCGCCCUCUCAGGUCAGCGAGGUCAUCAAGGAGAAGAUCCAAGAGCGCAGUGUGCAGCUGUCCUGGCAGCAACCGCACCACCCCAACGGAGUCAUCAAGGAGUACGAGAUCAAGUACUACGAGAAGGACCACAAGGAGAAGGUCUCCACGGUGCGCUCACGCUCCACCACCGCCACAGUCAACAACCUGAAGCCCAGCACGGCCUAUGUCUUCCAGAUCCGAGCGUUCACAGACGCGGGAUUUGGAACCUACGGGCCCCGAGUGGAGAUCACGACCAAAAUGGAGAACCCAGCCACCGUGGUGUCCAGCGAGCAGAACCCGGUGAUCAUCAUCGCCGUGGUGGCCGUGGCGGGGACCAUCAUCCUGGUCUUCAUGGUGUUUGGCUUCAUCAUCGGGAGAAGACACUGUGGAUACAGUAAAGCCGACCAGGAGGGGGACGAAGAGCUCUACUUCCAGUUCAAAUUCCCUGGCACCAAGACUUACAUCGACCCCGAAACCUACGAGGACCCCAACAGAGCCGUCCACCAGUUUGCCAAAGAGCUGGACGCGUCGUGCAUUAAAAUCGAGCGGGUGAUCGGAGCAGGGGAGUUCGGGGAGGUGUGCAGCGGGCGACUCAAGCUGCCCGGAAAGAGGGACGUGCCGGUGGCCAUUAAGACCCUGAAAGUGGGCUACACCGAGAAGCAGAGGCGGGACUUCCUGUGCGAGGCCAGCAUCAUGGGGCAGUUCGAUCACCCCAAUGUGGUGCACCUGGAGGGCGUCGUCACCAGAGGUAAACCAGUGAUGAUCGUCAUAGAGUACAUGGAGAACGGAUCAUUAGACGCCUUCCUCAGGAAACACGACGGCCAGUUCACAGUCAUCCAGCUGGUGGGCAUGCUCCGGGGCAUAGCGGCCGGGAUGAGGUACCUCUCCGAAAUGGGCUACGUGCACCGAGACCUGGCCGCUCGCAACAUCCUGGUCAACAGCAACCUCGUGUGCAAAGUGUCCGACUUUGGACUGUCGCGAGUGAUGGACGAUGACCCCGAGGCUGUCUACACAACCACCGGGAAGAAAAAGGAUGUGUUUAAUUCCCUGUAUGCUCCAGCCACUGACCUGCGUUUUGCUGAACAGGGAGGCAAGAUCCCAGUGAGAUGGACCGCUCCAGAGGCCAUCCAGUACAGGAAGUUCACCUCCGCCAGCGACGUGUGGAGCUACGGCAUCGUCAUGUGGGAGGUCAUGUCCUACGGGGAGAGGCCCUACUGGGACAUGUCCAACCAGGAUGUGAUAAAGGCCAUAGAGGAGGGCUACCGGCUGCCCGCGCCCAUGGACUGCCCCCCCGGCCUGCACCAGCUCAUGUUGGACUGCUGGCAGAAGGACCGGGCAGAGAGGCCGAAGUUUGACCAGAUCGUGGGAGUUCUGGACAAGAUGAUCCGGAACCCGAACACACUCAAAACCCCAGUGGGCACGUGCACAAGACCUAUUAGCCCGCUGUUGGAUCAGAACACCCCAGACUUCACGGCGUUCCGCACGGUGGGAGAGUGGCUGGAAGCCAUCAAGAUGGAGAGAUACCGAGACAACUUCACAGCGGCAGGCUACAGCUCCCUGGAGUCUGUGGCUAGGAUGUCAAUCGAGGACGUCAUGAGUUUGGGAAUCUCACUGGUCGGUCAUCAGAAGAAGAUCAUGAGCAGCAUACAGACUACUCGCGCCCAAAUGUUGCACCUGCACGGUACCGGAGUCCAAGUCUGACGUUACCAUGGCGACUGGGCCGAACUCUAGUAUCGUACGCACUUCCGGAGCGUUGCCAGGGGGGACCUCUUCCUGGCCGCGGACUUUUUUUACCGGAAUUUUGUUCAGGUGCGGAGCCAACCACCCCUCCGAAAAGGAUCGCCGAAGUCCGAUUCUACCGAGGGCGCUGGCAACUUUGGACAAGUGCAAAACCUCCAACAGCAAAGAAACUACCUGGAUGACUAUUUCAUUUUUCUUGUUUUGUUUUUUACCGAAGCGCUUACGAACUAUUUCACAUAUCAACGCCGCUUUCGGAUUUUGAUUUGAUCUUUUCGAGAACAUUACAAUGGAUUUACUGAACUUGACACAGGGUAAACUAUCUUGUCCAAAAUGGAGGAUCAGUGUCACGUGAUUGCGACGAGAAUUUUGGGAGGAGGAGGAAUUUCCGAAGAUUGCACCUGUCCGAACCUUUGAAUCACCACUUUUUUGUAUUUUGAGUAGCAAUAUCUAUUAGUGUUCACUACAGGAAUGUUCUGAUUGUAACGGCACCGCAAACUGGCUUGUCUUUUCUUACCUGAAACGUUUUCGAGGGGAAGUCUUGAUACUGCCUUAAAUGUAUUCGAAGUAUUGACACUGUCUUAGCUUGGGGAACGGCGAUCGAGGAAUACUAGCAAGGUCCGUGUUUUGUUUUGUUUUUUUCAAGCGGAAUCAGUCAAGCUUAAGGCACGGACACAGAGUAACGGUUGGUAGAUCGACUAAACAGAGCAAUAAUUACAAGUUGAAUACGAUUCUCUAUCACGGUGCUAGGGUUUGCGGCGGGGCUGACACUUUGUAAAGCUAGUUAGGAGCCUGUGAUCAAGCCUCAGUCGCCCCAUUGAAACAGACUGUAAAGACGUGUUUUCACUGCAAUGACAUGCUCGGUAUUUGAUGAGAAUCUGAGACGGCGUUUCAGAGCGGCGCAGAUGUGAGGGGCUGGAGAGGGCUGUUAGCUACGGUGACGUCAUUCGCCGAAACGCUAACUCACUCACACAAUCAAAGAGCGGCUACAGAGCGAAAGGCAAGACUCACAAACGCGUAGACGUGCGGCAGAGUGGAUUCGACGGCUGAGUAUGUGCAGAGUGGAGCUUUUGGGUGCCAUCUGCUUCUCCUUCUAAGCAGGCGAGAUGUAGGUUUUGAUCAGUGUUCUGAGAUUGGAACAUGGGUAAAGGAAAGAGACAUACAUUGAGAACAAAACUGGCUCAGCUGGUGUAACAAGACACUCUAUUUCAUGCUGGUCCAAAAACGAAUAAAGAAACAUAAUUACACAUUUUCAGUUUUUGUAUUUAGACGUAUCCUAAAGCACAGAACAGAUUCACACCAGUACACUUUACAUAACUCUGAAUUUCAAUUACUUACAUAAAUGUGUAUUGCCUGCAUUUAGAAU